AUGGCGGAUGCAUUGCAAUAUGCGCCGGAAAACCGGCGCAUGUGUUGCGAGGUGAGGGUGAACUUGUGGAGGAAAGGCAACCAAGACUUGAAGCAGAAGAGAACUCGGAAGGUGGAACAUGUGCAGAAUGUCGGCUCAUCGCUCGUUGACCGGCUUUUGAAGCUUCGGGCGUACCUGGCCCAUGUGUUCGGCAGCGUCCUCGGUAAGCUGCAGCGUCUCACCCAACAAGCGUGGGAUGAGAGCGGCUGGUCGCUUCGACUUCGG